UAAAAAUAAAGCAUCUAUAGAUUCAAUUAUGGAAGGUUCAGGUUUUACCAAUCCUCAGAAUUCUACCUUCAGACAUCAAGCCAUGCCAUGUCUGCUUGGUGAAACAAGCCAACUUGCUCUGCCUCAUGUUAGAAAUACUUUGGAACCAAAAGAGACUCUCAAUCAGCUAAAUUAUGAAGCCAACAAAGAUCAACUCCAAGACAGAAUCAGAUGUCUGACUGAAGCUUAUUGUCUUUGAUCUUCAGAAGUCAGAAAAUUGCUAUAUAAUGGGCCCAUUCCUCCUCUCCAAAUCAAAAAUUUUGGACCUGACGAAACCAUAGAGAGAUCCCUUCAAUUUAAUAUUGAAGAAGAAAAGCAAAUGCCAAGAGCAGGAUUCAUUUUAAGUGAAUCGAUGAAAACAAGAAACAUCAUUCAAAACCAAACCUCCCAAACCAACGUCGAGAACCUCCAAGCCCUCGAAGGUUAUCCCUACUCCUCCGCUGUGCAUCCCAACUCUAAGAACGGUAAAAUGGUCAUGGUCUACAAGUGCGAGUUCAAUGAGUGCCACAAAACAUUCAUGAGGACCUGGAACUUGCUUGACCACAUCAGGAUGCAUUACGGGAUCAGACCCUAUGUGUGCAAGUUCUGUGGCAAAGGCUUCACUCAGAAAGGCAACAUGCGCAAGCACCUGAUUCAGCAUGAGAAGCCUCAUCUGAGCAAUCGCAAGAAGUUCAAGUGCGAGUUCUGCAGCAGCAGCUUCACCGAAAGGUACAACUACAGAACUCAUGUGGAGAAGAAACAUGGAAUCAGUCCAUCAAUUCCAAACCUAAACCAUGAAAACCAGCUCCAAUUCCCACCCAGGCCUAUGAAUUAA